AUGGAAAUCGAAGCCGUUCUUGAUCAAGCCGAUCCGCCCCCAUCACUCAAUACACUGCCGCUGGAGGUUCGAUUCAAGAUCUUCAAAGAGCUACUCAUUAAUCCUGUUCUAGGAGAAUUGGAAUCUAUUCUGGGAAACUACCAAGUCCAGGCUCCAUAUGACCCUAUCAAAUAUCAUCUGCAUCCUUCGAUUCUCAGAGUCUGUCGACAAAACUACGAGGAAGGAUGCGAGAUCUUGUACUCUCAGCCAUUUUUACUAUGUUAUAACAGAAAACUGUUAACUAUGGGCCAUCCGCAAGGGGAUAAAAACAUAUUUACUCCUCUGUUGAGGUAUGGUAAUUCAUACCGCCAAGAAGGCCUGGAUUGCAAAGAAAUCAAAGCAAUAACACAACCGGCAUUUAAAAAGGUUCGACAAUGGAGAAUAAUUAUUAGCUCGUACACGGUUAGCAAGGAAAUAAGACCGGAGUGGGAGCACAAUCUGUUUCAACACUUCUGCGACCUUGUGUUCGGUGUUUCUAUCAGAGAGCUUGAGGUCAUACUAUGGGACCUAGCCGUACCCGAAUAUGGCGGGAAACUUAUGGAGCCACGACAAACUUUCCUGCCUUUGACAAUCCUUCGAAACGUAGGAAACUUAACUAUCAGGGAGGCGGCACUGGAUGAAUUCCCACCACCUGCACCACGAAAGAAUAGUCGCUUUUCGCAAAGCAACAGCAAAUUGUUGCUCGCUUAUCCCGACGAGUCGAACCUCUUAGACAAGAAGUCAUACAAAAAGUUGAAGCGCUUAGUCGAGGGUAAUAGACCGGUCGAGAGGCUUUCUGAAAUGAACAGACACCUCAUCAAUUUUGUACUGUCUUUCGAGAAUUUUGCUCCAUGGAAGCUAGACCUGAGAAAUAUGGGUGAAGAUGUAAUAGCAGUAGCUCAUAGUGGAAAUGCGCCAUUUCGCGGGCGAGAAAAGUGCUUUGACUUGAACCCCUAUAUGACUGAUCCAAGAAACUUUCUUGAGGAGGCGUUUAGAAAAGCAGCGAAAGCCUCGCUGAGUUUUGAUAGUAUGGGAUUCAAAUCCGUCAGAGCGGACAUCGUUAAGCAUCUUCAGCCACAGUACAAUCGCAUUGUUAAUGCUUCUCGUGUCUUGGUAGCUGCCAUUGAAGAGGACAAAAGUAAAAUGUACCGGGCUCUUAAUCUACAGUCAACAGGAGGAUACGAUCACAAAUGUGAGGCUGCUAGACUGGUGAUUUUAAUCGAGAAGUAUGCUGCAGCCUUCGAACGUGAUCAGGAUGAGAGGACUGAAAUUGCAUUUCGAGUUGAAAGAAAAGAAAUAAAGAGUUUUCGCUUGGAUCACCCAAGAGAAAUAAUGCUUUGA